GGCAUUUCCUGAAUCCAAGGAGGCGAAAUGACCAGCCAGUCUCAGGGAAUACAGCAGCUUCUGCAGGCAGAAAAGCGGGCCAAAGAUAAACUUGAAGAAGCCAAAAAAAGAAAAGGAAAGAGACUGAAGCAGGCCAAGGAAGAAGCCACAGCAGAGAUAGACCACUACAGGCUCCAGAGGGAAAAGGAUUUCAGAUGGAAGCAGUCCAAAAUAAUGGGCUCUCAGGAUAAUCUAUCAACAAAAGUAGAUGAAGAAACUGCAGCAAAAAUCCAAAGCCUCACUAAUAAUUAUCGUAAGAACAUAGAGAACAUGCUCGGUCAUCUCUUGGGCAAAGUAUAUGAGAUCAAUCCUGAUAUCCAUCCAAAUUAUACAUAUACAAUUUAAAUCAUCCAUGGAAAUGUUUUAAAAGAGCAAUACUUGCAAAAUGAGACAGCCUGAUGAAGAUGGCAGAUUUGGAAGUAUCAUUAUAUAUUAGCUUAUUACCAAUUAUAUUUUUUAUCCCUAGCAAGAACCCAACAGUAUCCAUUUGGAUUUUCUGUUUCCAACAGCCAAAUUGUCACACAUUGUUUUACUACAGUUUUUUAAAAAUAUAUAAUAUACAGUAUAUUGUUGCUUUCUGCAUUCUAGCUGGGUAUAUAAUAUAAUCACAAAGCCAAAGUAUAUUCUUGAGCAUAAUAUUUGUAAUGUGGCCAGUUCCUGUAGGCAACUCUCUGGCAUCACCGAUUUCUACCCUCACCAUUUUUUUUCUUUUAUGUAGCAAAGAAUGUAUCACUUAAAUAUGGGCAAAGGCAGAAAAAAGAAUCGCUUGACACCAGCAGCUUUUAAGUGGGUGUCUUUUUUCUUCUGAUGUUCUCUACUGUUUGAAAAGUAUUUUGUCAUAUGAUUUGGCUUGUUGUAGGAAAUCUGUUUGUCUCAAUAUGUAGAGGUUUAAAAUAACUAAGUAUAAAAUAAAUACUACAGAUAUAUUAUUAGACUUAAAAUUAACCGUGUGUCUCUAGUAUGGUACAUUUGGAGAAACCACGAUCAUACUUAUUGAAUGCCUUUAUAUAUCAGACAUUGAAUCAAUCAAUCAUAUUCAUUCCGUCAAUGACCAGCAAAAUUUAAAAGGACAAAAGAGUAAAACAAAGAAAUACAAUAAUAUAUUACCAACUAAUAAAAUAGAUCACAUAAUAAUAUAGCAUUCACUCCUCUAUUACUCUAUUAAUACAUUUGUUACCCAGGUAGUAUGAGUCAAAAACAUUAAUAAGUAUAAAAUAAAAAAUAAAAAUAUAUAUCCCCUAACAAUUUAUUAAUUAAGAUAUUUCAAUUUAAAAGUAAUAUUUAAAACAAGGCUCUUGUCUGUAAGUUGGUAUUUGGCCAAAAUAAUCCUCUCUCUCAUUCAUAAUAACAAAAACAUGUUUGGUUGGUCCCAACAGAGGUAGGCAUCAAACACUUAUGAAAUAAAUAAGAGUCCUGUUCAUGGGAUAUGUUAAAUGUAGACUUCAACUCACAAGAAGUGGUAAGCAACUCCACCUCUACAUCUAACCAAUGGCAUAACUAAAGAGCAG